CAUGGCUCCGCCGCCCGCCGGGGCGCCGCCGGCCCGGGCCGCCGCUGCCAGUGACGGGGAGCCCCGGAGGGGAAAUGCAUCCUGAAUGGGGCUGAGGCCCCCUGCUCGGGAAUAUGCAGCCUCGGCACCGCGGAGGCAGCACCAGGGCAGCGGCCGGCGUGCGGCGGGAUGGUGGCAACCUUCAAGAUCGCCGUGCUGGGAGCCCAGGGCGUGGGCAAGAGCGCCAUAGUCCGGCAGUUCCUGUACAACGAGUUCAGCGAGGUCUGCGUGCCCACCACGGCCCGCCGCGUCUACCUGCCCGCCGUGGUCAUGAACGGCCACGUCCACGACCUGCAGAUCAUGGACUUUCCCCCCAUCACCGCCUUCCCUGUCAACACCCUGCAGGAGUGGGCAGACGUGUGUUGCAGGGGGCUCCGGAGUGUCCAUGCCUACAUCCUGGUCUAUGACAUCUGUUGCUUUGACAGCUUCGAGUACAUCAAAACCAUCCGCCAGCAGAUCCUGGAAACAAGGGUCAUCGGCACCUCGGAGACACCCAUCAUCAUCGUGGGCAACAAGCGGGACCUGCAGCGCGGCCGGGUGAUCCCGCGCUGGAACGUCUCCAACCUGGUGAAGAAGACGUGGAAGUGCGGCUACAUCGAGUGCUCGGCCAAGUACAACUGGCACAUCCUGCUGCUCUUCAGCGAGCUCCUCAAGAGCGUGGGCUGCGCCCGCUGCAAGCACGUCCACACCACCAUCCGCUUCCAGGGCGCGCUGCGCAGGAACCGCUGCACCAUCAUGUGAGCCCCCCGGCCCGGGGUGCUGCUGGGGACCCCAAAGUGGGCAUGGUUCUGCUCCCCGGGAAGUAGGAGCUGCGUUGGAGGCACCUCGGGGGUUGCUGAGGUGACAUUUGGGGAUGGGGUACCUUGGGUGGAGCGGAGCAGGGGGUGGCCGGGCUGCCUUGGCUGAACCCUGAGCUCUCUGCAAGCUGCCAGCGCUUGAGGCCGAAGCCAUCCCGGGGGUUGUACACCCUCGGGGGGUGCCAGAUUUUGGCUGUCGGUUCAUCCUUGCCAGGUCCUGCCCUGGUGCUGCCUGCCUGCCUCGCCUGCUCCCGGGAGGGAAUUUUCCAGCACCUGCAUCCCGGUGCUCUGGGGGUGGUUCUGUCUCUGGAGCAUAGGGAAACAGGAGUUCUGCUUCUC